UUCCCCCCCUGCUCCGGCGCGGCUCGUGUGACCGGAGGGGACGGUAACAGUCAUCGCUAGCGGAGGGAGGCCCGGAGCCCGGCACUGCUACCGGUUGCGGUACGGGGGGUGGGGGGAACGUGGCGGCCACCGCCUCCUCUGUCCCCGCUACCAUGAACAUCGAGAUCCCGCCGGGCCUCACUGAGCUGCUGCAGGGUUACACGGUGGAGGUGCUGCGGCACCGGCCGUCCGACCUGCUGGGCUUCGCCGCCGAUUACUUCGCCCGUCUGCGAGAUGCACGCGACCAGGAGGGCGGCGGCACCCGCAAGGUGGUUAGCUUCGAUGGGGAGCCCAUGCAGACCGAGUCCAACGGCGAAGAGGAGCCUGACCGCGGCGACGAGGACGACGACUACGAUUUCGAACCUGCACUUAUUAACCGGUACAACAGAAGAGUAUCAGUUUGUGCUGAAGCUUUCAAUCCAGAUGAAGAGGAAGAAGACACAGAACAAAAGAUAGUUCAUCCAAAAACUGAUGAACAGCGAUGCCGACUGCAGGAAGCGUGUAAAGAUAUCCUUCUCUUCAAAAACCUUGAUCAGGAGCAGUUGUCUCAGGUCCUUGAUGCCAUGUUUGAGAGGAAAGUGACACCUCAGGAACAUGUGAUUGACCAAGGUGAUGAUGGAGACAACUUCUAUGUCAUUGAGCGAGGAUCAUAUGAUAUCGUUGUAGCAAAAGAUGACCAGUCGCGCUGUGUAGGCUGCUAUGAUAAUCAUGGCAGUUUUGGGGAACUGGCCUUGAUGUACAACACUCCUAGAGCUGCCACCAUUAUUGCCACCACAGAAGGAGCCCUUUGGGGACUGGAUCGAGUGACGUUCAGAAGAAUUAUAUUGAAAAACAAUGCAAAGAAGAGGAAGACCUAUGAAUUAUUUAUUGAGUCUGUACCCCUUCUUAAAUCCUUGGAGGCAUCAGAGCGAAUGAAGAUAGUGGAUGUUAUAGGAGAGAAAGUGUACCAAGAUGGAGAACGUAUCAUUUCUCAGGGUGAUAAAGCAGAUUGUUUUUACAUUGUAGAAACUGGUGAAGUAAAAAUCUUGCUCAAAAGCAAGACUGUGACAAGUACAGAAGUGAACCAAGAAGUGGAGAUUGCCCGGUGUCAGAGAGGGCAGUAUUUUGGAGAGCUUGCACUUGUUACCAACAAACCCAGAGCAGCCUCUGCCUAUGCUGUUGGGGAGGUCAAAUGUUUAGUCAUGGAUGUGCAAGCAUUUGAGAGGUUGCUUGGACCCUGCAUGGACAUUAUGAAGAGGAAUAUAACACAUUAUGAGGAGCAGCUGGUGGCAAUGUUUGGCUCUAGUAUGGACCUGAGAGAUCCAGGGAUUUAGGCACAGGGUACCUUGAUGCCUUCUUAGUUCAAGACACAGAAAAGCCUCCUAUCAGCAACACAACUUGCAAGAAAAAUGGACACUAUGGAACAGUUACUGCUGCUGUCUUCUUGGGCAUUUUAGAAACCAUCAACGAGUCUCAGCACAGAUGGAUUGCUCACUCCCUGCCUCCACCUUGCUGCUGAUACUUCAUCAUUAGACCUAGAUUAAAGAUCAUUGUUCAACCCUAUGAACCCUAUGUUCACUUACUUGGUUCAGAAUGGCAUCUGUCCAGCAGUUCAAGUGCCUGAUAUGAAACCCAAAGUGUGAAAGAUAAAGAAGUCUCCUUCCUUCUGGUGUUACUGUUGGGAUAAA